AUGUUGUGGCAAAGAUUGGAAGAUGUUUAUGGCUCACCUGAGGUCAUCGAAAACGCCCUCCUCAAAAAAGUUGAAGAUUUCCCCAAAAUCUCAGCCAAAGACAACCACAAACUAAGAGAGCUUGGAGACACUCUCAUGGAACUAGAAGCAGCUAGGGCCGACGGGUACUUACCUGGCCUGUCGUAUCUCAACACCUCCCGUGGAGUCAGCCCGAUUGUCCAGAAACUACCGCACAACCUACAAGAAAAGUGGAUUACUGUAGGAUCACGUUACAAAGAACAACACAAGGUGCCCUACCCUCCAUUUGUAGUCUUCGUGAACUUCGUCAUUGAACAAGCAAAAACGCGCAAUGACCCCAGCUUUGCCAGCAUAACGGGAGCAUGUGUCAGCUAUGAGGUAGACCGCUUGGGCAGAAAUGUGUUUCAAAGAACGCAGCAUGACGACAAGCUUGGCAUGUCCAUCGAAGAUGAGCUGUUCCUUGACCUCAUGGACAAAGAGGUCUACAUGGACGAAGCAAAUUGCUGGAAAAAAGACCAAAUACGUGUGGUGUUCGAUUCCAGCGCCAAGCACGAGGGCCUCUCUCUCAAUGAUGUCCUUCUUAAAGGGCCUGACAUGAACAACACACUGCUGGGAGUCCUCAUGCGUUUCCGCAAAGAGCCUGUAGCGGUUUCGGCUGAUGUCCAACAGAUGUUCUACUGCUUCAUCGUCCGUGAAGACCAUCGCGAUUUCCUGAGGUUUCUGUGGUUUGAAGACAACAACCCAAGCAAGCAGAUCACUGAAUACCGCAUGAAAGUGCAUGUUUUUGGGAACUCUCCUUCCCCUGCGGUAGCCAUUUACGGCCUGAGAAGAGCGGCCCUGCAUGGAGAAAAAGAACAUGGUGCUGAACCUAAGCAAUUCGUCAUGAGAAACUUCUAUGUUGAUGAUGGGCUCACCUCAUUCCCUACUGACGACGAAGCCAUCUCCAUCCUGAAAAGAAUAAAAGAAAUACAGCCGGAUCGUAUUGGGCUAUAUCAACAACACAAGCAGAAGGUUUAUGUAUAUGUGGCCAACAGAGUCGCUCGCAUCAGGAAGUCCACAAACCCGGAACAGUGGCGCUUUGUCAGUACAGAACACAACCCUGCAGAUCAUGGGACCCGCUCAGUGCCAGCAGCCAUGUUGAAAGAUACCAUCUGGCUUAAGGGCCCAGCUUUCUUGUCCAGAGACACCUGCUCACAGCCAGAGACAUUUGAACUCAUAGACCCUGACGCAGACAUUGACAUACGCCCACAGGUCAAAGCUUUCAUAACCAAAACCUCCGACGGUGAGCUGGGGUCUCAUCGUUUCGAACGAUUCUCCAGUUGGAAGGCACUCAGUCGAGCCAUGGCCAAGCUCAUACAUAAGGUCAGGUCUUGCACAAAAAGCCAGCCCAGCAAGAUAGAGGAGUUGACACAAGCAAAACUAGUGCUCAUCAGAAAUGCUCAACACAAUGUGUUUGCUAAGGAGAUGGAAAGCCUUUCCAAAGGAGGUACCGUCUCUAAGUCCAGUCCUCUGAGGAAACUGAGUCCCAUUGUGGAUACGGAUGGCCUACUAAGAGUUGGAGGGCGCAUCACCUUGGCGGGCGUACCCUGGGAGGAGAAACAUCCAAUCAUAGUCCCCAAGAAGCAUCACAUAGCUACCUUAUUGGUGAGGCACUAUCAUGAACAGGUCGCACAUCAGGGCAGGCAUCUUACAGAAGGCGCUGUGCGCUCUGCUGGACUGUGGCUGAUUGGAGGCAAGAGGUUAGUGUCAAGCAUCUUACGUAAAUGUGUAACCUGUAACAAGCUGAGAGGAAGAAUGGAAGAACAAAAAAUGUCAAACUUACCUGCUGAACGACUCAACCCAGGUCCUCCGUUCACAAAUGUAGGUGUUGAUGUGUUUGGUCCAUGGACCAUAAGCUCAAGACGAACCCGAGGUGGCAUUGCAGAGAAUAAACGCUGGGCAGUCAUGUUCACUUGCCUGGUUACAAGAGCUGUGCAUAUCGAAGUGAUCGAGUCUCUGUCAUCCUCAAGCUUUAUAAAUGCAUUGAGAAGAUUCACAGCUGUUCGUGGCCCUGUGCGCCUCUUCCGUUCUGACCAAGGGACAAACUUUGUCGGGGCAUGCAAGGAACUUCAAAUAAAAUCUGAAGACCAUGAACUGACCGCUUACCUGCAAGACCAAGGCAGCACUUGGAUGUUCAACCCUCCCCACUCCUCACACAUGGGUGGAGUGUGGGAGCGGAUGAUAGGCGUCGCACGCAGGAUAUUGGAUGCACUGCUGAUACAGACAAACACCCCCCAUCUGUCUCAUGAGGUUCUGGUCACACUCAUGUCCGAAGUCAUGGCCAUAAUGAACACCAGACCCCUGGUUCCUGUGUCAUCCGAUCCAGACAUGCCCACUGUCCUGACGCCAGCUAUGCUUCUAACACAGAAAGUUGAGCCAGUGUCAUCACCUCCAGGAGAGUACGACCUCAAAGACCUGUACAACAAGCAGUGGAAACAAGUCCAGUCUCUAGCUGACACAUUCUGGAAACGUUGGCGUCAAGAAUAUCUGGUGUCACUCCAACCAAGGCGAAAAUGGCACGAAGAAAAGCCAAACCUGAGAGAAGGAGAUGUUGUGCUUCUCAAAGAUGCACAAGUCAAGCGAAAUGAAUGGCCUGUUGGAGUAGUGGUUAACGCCAUUCCCAGCAAAGACUCUAAAGUUCGCAAAGUGGAAGUGAAGGUGGUCAAACAGGGUAUCCAGAAGGUGUAUUCUAGGCCAGUCUCAGAAGUUGUUCUACUUGUGAAAGGGGAAUAGUGUUAUAAUGUAGUAUAACAGGCGGGGAGUGUGCUGUUCUGUUGUUAAUUUAGGAGUAGGGAGACCUCUAGUGGUCAAAUGCACUUGC